AUGAUAAAUCGCAAUGGUAAUCAACAAUCGCAAACGCAGGUGACUGUGGAAGACACACAACUUAUAAACGAUACAUAUACCCAAUACUAUAUACACAUAAAGGUACUGAAGCAUGGAUCUAUUAAUUGGGAUACUCAUAUUCAUAAAAGAUUUUCAGAUUUCAUUACUCUCAGGCAACAAAUGAUUAAUGAGGUUGGGAAUGGAGAUUUCCCAUAUGAAUUACCAAGCAAACAAUUCAGCUUAUGGGGUAAGCAAACAAGUAUCACCAAUGAUGUUAUUAAAGAAAGAAAAUUUAAACUCGAAAAGUUUUUAUAUGAUAUGUUAAAUGAUUCAUUUGAUAGCAAAUGGAGAGAUACUCAAACUGUGGCGCGGUUCUUAAGUAUACCUAAAAGAUGGAGUGAUUUGAUCAAAGAUGGGGGCGAUACUACUAAAGGUAAUGUGAUGGUUACCACAGAUAAUGAUAAAGAUAACUGGUUAUCCUUAUAUAGAGAUUGUAAAAAUGAUUUAGCAGAGAGUAAGACAACGCCUCUCAAAGGCCGCACAAGGAAAUUGAUUCAAUUACGAUUAAAAGUAAAUCAAUUAGAAAAGUUAUUUGCAAAUAUUGGAAACAGUGAUACUGCGAUGGAGGUCUCAGAGAUUGAAAGAAGGAAGAAUUUGUUAGCCUUAUUGAAAGCUGAUAUAAAUGAACUCUCUAUGCAACAAUCGUUCGACGAUACAGCAGUUAAUCAAUUUAGCAAUACGCCAAACACAUAUACCAACUCAUUAAGUCGAGACGCUGGAUCGAUAGGGUCUGAGAAUACUGUUAAAAUUAUGGAAACUAAAAGACCACCUGUCGGGAGACGCCGUUUUGGAGAGACAGAAACAACAGCACAAUUAAAUAAUAGGGAACUUCUAUCAUUACAUAAGGAUAAGCUAAAAGAUCAAGAUGAGGAAUUGAUGGACCUCCAUAAAAUAAUUAAGAACCAAAAGGCGAUAUCUAUUCAAAUGAAUCAUGAACUAAGUCAACAGAACGAGUUAUUAGAUUCUUUCAGCAAUGAUGUCGAUCAAACUGCAAAUAAACUAAAGGCCGCUACAAGAAGGGCCACCAAAUUCAAUGAAUCGUUAUAA